UCUCUCUCUCUCUCUCUCUCUCUCUCUCUCUCUCUCUCUUUCAUCUGCAUUAUAUUUUUAUUACUUAUUUUUACCCACCACCACCGCCACCACCACCGCCAACCCUCUCUCUUUUUACUUUUGCUUUUACUUUUUGUCUUGGCCUUCAUCUCUCUAUAUAACUUAUCACGCCCACCCUCCCUCCUUUCCCUGCCUUUCUCUUUUUCUAAUUCUCGCUUUUUAAAAUUGAAAUGCGGUUUUUCACUUCGUGCUUUGGCGAUAACGACGCUUAUAAUUCCAGACACGGUGGUCGCCGUGUUGUUACAAAGGCCAUGAUUGGACUGCCCAGCAACUUUGUCCAUACUGGUCAUUUGGGUAUUGGCGCUGUGCGGAAUGACGGAUACGAAAUGGUUCAAGACGUAAGUGCCUAUACAAAAAAAUGGAAAAAUAAAUACUGUGGGCCUAUUUGGGGGUGUUUUUUUUGUUGUUGAUGUGUUGUUUUGUUUAUUGUCAUUGCCAUUGUCAUUGUUUUUUCCACCCAAAAAAAGUACGAGAUUUUUUCUUUGUAGAGAAAAAAAAAAAAAAGAAACAAUAAAAAAA